AUAACCGAAAGUUUUUUGCAGCGUUCUUUCCCGUUCUCCUUUUUCCGUGGAAGCGCGGCGCUCCGUGCCGCCCCUCAGCCCUCAGCAGGCCCCGCGGGCCGGGAGCGCCGUGCGUGCGCCCUGCGGGAAGCACACGAGGAGCAUGAUACUUCUACUGAAAAUGCAGAUGAUUCUAACCACGAUCCUCAGUUUGAGCCCAUAGUUUCCCUUCCUGAGCAAGAAAUAAAAACUCUGGAAGAGGAUGAGGAAGAGCUCUUUAAGAUGCGAGCAAAGCUGUUUCGAUUUGCAUCUGAGAAUGACCUUCCAGAAUGGAAAGAACGAGGAACUGGUGAUGUAAAACUGCUGAAGCACAAGGAGAAGGGAACAAUUCGCCUCCUCAUGAGGAGGGAUAAAACUCUAAAAAUCUGCGCCAACCAUUACAUCACACCCCUAAUGGAGCUGAGGCCUAAUGCUGGGAGCGACAGGGCAUGGGUCUGGAACACACAUGCUGACUUUGCAGAUGAAUGCCCCAAGCCUGAGCUUCUGGCAAUCCGGUUUUUAAACGCGGAAAAUGCACAGAAAUUCAAGGCAAAAUUUGAAGAAUGCAGAAAUGAAGUAGACAAGAGAGCAAAAAAAGGCACAGACCAAAAUGAUAGUGCUGAUAAAGUUGCUGAAAAACUAGAGGAGCUUUCUGUAAAGGAAGAGAACAAAGAAGCUGAGAAGAAAGAGACCAAGGAAAAUGAAGAAAAGCAAUAAAUCAUCCUGGGCCUUGCAGUUUUUCUUUAUAUUUUUUCUUUUUUUAUUUUUACAAGGGACUUUAUAAGGAACUGAAUUCAAUGUUCAGGUUGUUUUUUCUAAGCUUUUGCCCUUUUGAAGAUGUCUUCAGAAAAUCCAUUCCCCAGUCAUGAAAAUGUACUGUGCUAACUUUCUUUUCCAUAGUGGAAACACUUAUUUAUGGUCAUCCAAAAGAGUGAAUAAAACAAACUUGAAACAGCA